GAGUGGAAGCAAGUAUGUUAAUGAAAAAAGUGUGUUGAUGUGUCAAGACUUUUUUUAAGUGCCAUCUUCCAUUCAUUUACGCUGACAUUCACUCUCAGCCACAAUUCACAUGCCUUCUGCAAGGAUCACUUUUCCAAACAAGACGGCAUUACGUGUGUGGAAGAUGGAUUUCCAUGCAAUUUCUCAGGAUAGGACAAUACACUGAGAGAUUCCUGACACAGUUGUCAUAACUUCCUGUUGGCCACCUGACUUAAACUCAAUAGUUACUUUAUGUUUGCUCGUCUUUAAGCUAAACUCCCUCCCAGCUCACUUUCCCCUCUGCCUGAAAACAACUAGUCGGCUUUGGAAUGGCUUGUCAGCUAGCUGGAAUACAAACGUAAUAACAAGUAAAGAUUCAAGUAUUUAUGGAGUACCGUUGGGGAAGGGUGGUGGGUACUGACGGGGUGCGGGCUAUGAUGGAGUCGGCCCUCACAGCAAGAGAUCGAGUGGGUGUGCAGGACUUUGUCCUGCUGGAGAACUACAUGAGCGAAGCUGCUUUCAUAGAGAACCUUCGGAAACGCUUCAAAGAGAACCUCAUCUAUACUUACAUUGGUUCAGUGCUGGUGUCGGUUAACCCAUAUAGAGACCUGGAGAUCUACACUAAGAACCACAUGGAGCGAUACCGUGGGGUUAACUUCUAUGAGGUCUCACCACACAUAUAUGCAGUGGCCGACAACUCGUACCGUUCUAUGAGGACCGAGAGGAAAGACCAGUGCAUCCUAAUUUCUGGCGAGAGUGGCGCUGGUAAGACCGAAGCAUCGAAAAAGAUCCUGCAAUACUACGCUGUGACCUGUCCAGCCAGCGAGCAGGUGCAGACCAUCAAAGAUCGCCUCCUGCAGUCCAACCCAGUGCUCGAGGCCUUUGGUAAUGCCAAAACGUUGCGAAACGACAAUUCCAGUCGCUUUGGCAAGUACAUGGAUAUCCAGUUCGACUUCAAGGGCGCCCCGGUGGGAGGUCACAUCAUUAAUUACCUGCUGGAGAAGUCACGUGUGGUUCACCAGAACCACGGCGAGAGGAACUUUCACAUUUUCUAUCAGCUGAUUGAGGGAGGCGAGGAAGACAUGCUUAGACAUCUCGGCUUAGAGAGGAAUCCUCAGCAGUACCAGUAUCUGGUCAAAGGGAACUGUCCCAAAGUGAGCUCCAUCAAUGACCGCAGUGAUUGGAAAGUGGUGAGGAAGGCGUUGACUGUGAUUGGAUUUAAAGAACACGAGGUUGAGGAGUUGUUGAACAUAAUUGCAAGCGUGCUUCACUUGGGGAAUGUUCAGUAUGGUGGUGAGGACGGCAUUGCCUGCAUCACUUCUGACACACAGAUCAAGUACUUGGCAAGGUUGUUAGGAGUGAACGGGGGCGUGCUGACGGAGGCACUUACACACAAAAAGAUUAGUGCCAAGGGAGAGGAGCUGAUCAGCCCUCUGAACCUGGAACAAGCUUCCUCAGCUCGGGAUGCUUUGUCAAAAGCAGUGUAUGGGCGCACUUUCACCUGGCUUGUCAACAAAAUCAACACUUCACUGGCAUACACGGAUGACUCUUAUAAGCACUACUCUGUCAUUGGGCUGCUGGACAUUUAUGGUUUUGAAGUCUUCCAGCAUAACAGCUUUGAGCAGUUCUGCAUCAACUACUGUAAUGAAAAGUUGCAGCAGCUCUUCAUUGAGCUUACGCUCAAGUCGGAGCAGGAGGAGUAUGAAGCCGAAGGCAUCACGUGGGAACCGGUGCAGUACUUCAACAACAAGAUCAUCUGUGACCUGGUGGAGGAAAAGUUUAAAGGCAUCAUAUCCAUUCUGGAUGAAGAGUGUCUGAGACCUGGAGAUGCCAGUGACAUCACCUUCCUAGAGAAGCUGGAGAACACCGUGGGGGGCCAUCCACACUUUGUCACUCACAAGCUUGCUGAUGGAAAGACGCGGAAGAUAAUGGGUCGUGAUGAAUUCCGACUGCUGCAUUACGCUGGAGAGGUCAACUACAAUGUCAAUGGUUUUCUGGACAAGAACAAUGACUUGCUCUUCAGGAACCUAAAAGAGGUUAUGUGCAUGUCUGAGAACAAGAUCCUGAACCAGUGUUUCAACAGAGAUGAGCUGAGUGACAAGAAACGUCCAGACACGGCAGCAACCCAGUUCAAGGCCAGCCUGGCGAAACUCAUGGAGAUCCUCAUGUCCAAGGAACCGUCAUAUGUUCGCUGCAUCAAGCCCAAUGACUCCAAGCAAGCAAGUCGCUUUGACGAUGUUCUGAUCCGUCACCAGGUCAAGUAUCUGGGACUGAUGGAGAAUCUGAGAGUGAGGCGAGCCGGCUUUGCUUACAGACGACGCUAUGAGGUUUUCUUGCAGAGGUACAAGUCCCUGUGCCCAGAGACUUGGCCAAACUGGAAGGGCAAAUUGUCAGAUGGAGUUGCUGUGUUGGUCAAGCAUCUGGGCUACAAGCCUGAGGACUACAAGCUGGGCAGAUCAAAACUUUUCAUCCGUUUCCCGAAGACCUUAUUUGCCACUGAGGAGGCCCUCGAGACCAGGAAGCAUAGUCUCGCUACCAUAUUGCAGUCAGAAUGGAGGGGCUACAGCCAGCGGUCCAAGUACCAAAAACUUAGAACUUCAGUUAUUGCCAUUCAAGCAUGGUGGAGGGGGAUCUUAGCCAGGAGGAGGGCCAAACGCAGGCGGCAGGCUGCUGACACUAUCCGCAGGUUUAUCAAAGGCUUCAUUUACCGGCACAAGGAGCGCUGUCCGGAGAAUGAGUAUUUCCUGGAUUACGUGCGCUAUUCCUUCCUCAUGAAUUUACGCAGAAACCUGCCAAAGAACGUUCUGGACAAAAGCUGGCCGACGCCACCAGCAGCUCUUACAGAGGCGUCUGAACAUUUGCGCAAGCUCUGCAUGCAGAACAUGGUUUGGAUCUACUGCAAGAAGAUCAGCCCUGAAUGGAAACACCAGAUGGAGCAAAAGGUGAUCGCAAGUGAGAUAUUUAAGGAAAAAAAAGACAACUAUCCACAAAGUGUGCCCAAACUGUUUGUCAGCACUAGACUGGAUGGUGAGAACAUAAAUCCCAAGGUCCUGCAGACACUAGGAAACGAAAAGUUGAAGUAUGCAGUGCCAGUCACUAAAUACGACAGGAAGGGCUACAAGGCCCGUCCACGCCAGCUGCUUCUCACGGCAAACUGUGCCGUUAUUGUAGAAGAUGCCAAGCUCAAGCAACGCAUUGACUACGAUGCUCUGAAAGGUAUCUCGGUCAGCUCUCUCAGCGAUGGCCUAUUUGUUCUGCACGUGCCCAGUGAUGACAACAAACAGAAGGGAGAUGUGGUUCUACAAAGCGACCACGUGAUUGAGACCUUGACCAAGAUCGCCAUAUGUGCUGACAAAGUAAACAGCAUCAACAUCAACCAGGGCAGUAUAAAAUUCACAGUGGGCCAAGGAAAAGAAGGGUUCAUUGACUUCAUACCUGGAUCAGAGCUACUGGUGGCCAAGGCUAAGAAUGGGCACCUAUCUGUGACGGCUCCAAGAUUGAACUCCAGAUGAUGAUCCAGAUCCUCUGAUAUUGAAUGCACACACACAAACACAAACACACACACACACAUACACAGACGCAAUGUACUCUUCUAUCUUUGAAUCACUUGACCUCAAGCCCUCCUCUGCUUUAGCCAAUCAGGUGCCAGCUUAUCAUCAUGUUGUGGGGGCGUUGGCUUCCAAUUUCAAAAUAAACGAUCCAGCAAUAUUAAUUGAUAUAUUUAUGUUUAUAUGUUCUACUUUGGGGGAUUAAUAUUGUUGGAAGAUUGUCAUUUUAGAAGUAAGGCCAAGGAAUAUCAGCUAUGUGUUUUUCUAGUAACGUUUGUGUUUAUAAGUGAUUUAUUUGGGAACAGAAGCAAACAACGAGAGAAGAAAAGGGGUCAUCGUGGAGAAAUCAGGAUGUUAUAUAUUUUUCCUGCUCUUUUUCUUUUAUUACUCUCUUGUCAGUGGUUUUCAUAGUAGGUUUGAAAGUCUGAUUUUGCAUGUGGACAAAGAGUUGAAGGGAUGGUAAACAACUCCAAUAACAGGCAGUUAGCUUUGAGUGAUGGACAUACUACUGUACUCGUCAUGUGUACUACUUUUAAACAAAAGGAGCAGCAAAUGAAAAACUUUUAAUGUGUGAAGAGGAGGGGAGCCGGACGCUCAGGGGAUUGUCAGACAGCUGUUUCUCACCUUGUGCUUGUGCCUUUCCCAUUAACUCAUAUAUUUGUAAUGACAAUGUGUCAGCAUUGCUCACUCUGGUGAAUGGCACCUCCUCCAUCCUUCCCAACGCCUUCUCUGCUUCGAUUCUUGUGCCUCCUCUCUAAUUUGUAUAACCUGACUGGUCUUUGUAGCUUGUGACGGGUUUACAGCUACUUUUGUGUUUUAUGCCGCUGUGCCUCUAAAAGACAAAAACUCACAACUUAUAGCUGUUCAUUGAAAAUGUGUGUGGGUUUUAUGUUAGGUGGCUAAUUCAAGCGGAAAUUGACGUAAAGGCCGAAUGAUUUUAAGCCACUUCACUUAGGCUUAUUUAAUGUUAACUUUGUGUUGUUUUGUUGCUGUUUAAUUGGCUUGGAAAUUAUCAUUACUGUCAGAUGGCUUUUGCAUAAUGCCCACAAUUUUCUAACCCAAGUGUUCAAACCAGCAUGUCACCAGCAAUAUUGUAACUUUAAGCCCAACGUUUUUUCAUCCAGGGCCAAAAUUCAAGGUUCAAGGGAAUUUUAAUUUGAACAAUAAUGAAAAAUUAGGCAUGGGCUGAUGAGAUAACAGCGCAAAAUCGGUAUCAUGGUUUUAAAAUUACAUUUCUAAAAUUACCUUAUUUGAAAUAUAUAGGUAAGUAAAGACAACAUUUUGUCACAUUUUGAACACCGUGUAUUUUAUUUUUUAAACAGAAUAGAGAAUAUUUAUACUUUAAGAAACUUUUAUCAUAUAUAUACACUCCUUGACUUUUUAAAACCAUGGUAAACAGGUAAUUGACCUAUGCCUAAUAAAAAAAACUAAAUUAUUUUCAUUUUAGCAUUUGAUGAAAACUUCCAUGUCCAUAAUAUUCACACUCCAUCAAUUCAUGCAAGUCGAAUGAUUUACGAUAUCCUAAAAGUCACUGCAAACCUUUAGAAGGAUGACAUAAAUUAAAUGGAGGAUUACGAAUAAAUCAAGUGUAAGAAUAAUAGAACAAUGAAAUUUAUAUAUUUUUAAUAUGUCUAAUAAAACUGGUGACUGACUGUGGUUGACCUCAGAGCAGGCAGUUUAGAUUCAGCUCCCACUCAUGACAUGCGCUGUGAGCGAUUGGAGAGCAUUUACAAUGUAGCCUGGGUGUAAAUAAUUUUGGGCUUAACUGUAAACAGUGCCUGACUUUUAUGAAACAUGUAAUGAUUUAUCUUUUGUAAAAACAAUGAAUGAGACAGGUGUGACAAAUGAUGUUUAGGAAGUGAUGCCAAACAGAAUGACAUUUUAUAUCGACUGGCUUUGCUUCACUUUACCUAUGAUCUUUAAUCUAAGAGGACCCAAUGUCAGCCGAAUAUUAAAAUAGGUUGAUUUUAUGAAAAUUUGGGCAAGGGUGAGGUCCCACACAGAAAUAUUUACACGUAUACAGAAAAUAUUCUAAUAUAUACUGUAUGUAGCAGCAAUUCCUAUGAUAGAGCAGUUAUGAAAAUUGAUGUGUAAUUGAAACUCAGCCAAAUCCCGAUUGCCGGGGAGAAGCUUUGAACCUCAUUUUGAAAGGGUCCCUCAAAUGGUUCCCAAUGGUUAUUUUUGCAGACUUCACUCCGAGGCGGGUGCAAUAUGCCAAGACUGCUGCUUCACUUAAAAGCCAAAGAACCAUUAUGAUCAUUAUCUGUAAUUUUGAAUAGUUUUUGUUAAUUGUUUUGAUCUGAUUUGAUUUCAGGAGGGAGACUUGUACAGUUUGUGUUCUGCUAUAAAUGAAAUGUCCAAACCGAGUUUGAUGAUUUAAAAACAUUUUUGGGGGCAAAAUUCAUAGAAUUGCUGAAUGUGGCUUGUUGCAUAGCAAUAUUAAGAGACUUAUGAGUCGUACAACCUUUUCUGUUAAGUCUGCCAGAGCAACAUUUUAUUGUUGUUUUACUAUUUUGCAAAAAAGCCAUGUGAUAAUUGAUACCAAAUCCUAAUGUUUUUUUUUUUGAAGAUACAUUUUGUCAGCUCUAUUACAGUAUGAUCUAAACUAAUGUAUAAUUAUGCCAGCACACUAAGAAACAUACCAUACUAAAGAUGUGUUGAAUAAAUUUGACAUGUACA